GAAAUUAUUUUUUCAAUUAAUUUUGUCAAAGGUUUUAUUUGAUUGGGAGCAAUAGGAACAAGAGGCUCUGAUAGAAUGGAACCCUCAGAUUUAAACAUCAGUGGAGAGCCUGUGGGAUAUCCUCCACAACAGAUUGCUGAGGGCAAUCGAGUAACUGGAGGACUCAAUUUUGUGGCCAAAGUAUAUGGCAUUGUCGGUUGUAUCAAAUUCUUGGAGUCAUAUUAUUUGAUACUGGUCAUGAAGCGGCGGCAAAAUGGAUGUAUAUGUGGUCAUGCAAUAUACAGUAUAGAUGAGCACCAAAUAAUUACAAUUCCGCAUGUCUCAGUUCAAACUGAUGUUGCUCAUUCCGAAUCUAAGCUACGGAAACUUCUUCAUAUGAUUAUUUACAUAAUAAAUCUUUCUUUUCCUUCUAAGUAGUACCAAUUUUGCACUAUUCUUCACUGGUUAGCAAACUAAUAGUGGAUAGCGAUGCAUUCUGUUUUCUUUUUGCUCUCUGGAUAUCAAAAUUUGUUUAAUAAACACCAAAUAGAUCAAAAUUAUAGUCA